AUGAGUGGUGCUGAAGAACAGCUUUCGAAUACUGAGACGGGAGGUACUGCAGAACCGAUAGCUAGUGGAAGUGCACCUCCAUUACUGCCCCAUUUACAACAGCAACAGCUGCAACAACAGGAGGCAGCAGAGAUCAACUAUGAGCAGGAAGCGCAAAAACUUGAAGAUAAGGCUCUGAGGUUUUUGGCGAAACAGGCACAUCCUGUAAUAAUUCCGUCUUUUGCAUCGUGGUUUGAGUUUUCCGAAGUACAUGAGAUUGAGAAGAGAUCGAUUCCUGACUUCUUCGACGAUUCUUCCCGUUUCAAGACGCCCAAAGCGUACAAGGAUGCGAGAAACUUCAUGAUUAAUACGUAUCGGUUGUCUCCUUACGAGUAUCUGACAAUGACCGCGGUCAGGAGGAACAUCGCGAUGGAUGUGGCGUCGAUUGUGAAGAUCCAUGCUUUUCUGGAGAAAUGGGGUCUGAUCAACUAUCAAAUCGACCCGAGAUCGAAGCCUUCUCUGAUUGGUCCCGCUUUCACAGGACAUUUCCAGGUCAUUCUGGAUACUCCUCAGGGCUUGAAGCCCUUUGUGCCCUCUGAGGCUGUUAAGGAGGAGCCGGUCGAGGAAGCAGUGCCUGUGGAGGGUCAGGACGAGCCAAGUGGACAGAACGCGGGCAGUGGAGCUGCGGCUAGCGAGUAUAAGUUUGUUAAACGCGAGCCAUUCCCCGUGAACUUGUCGCUGAGGAAAAGCGUUUACGAUACGACCCAGGAUUUUAACGCGCUGCAGUCCAGAGAUAAGACAUCGAGACAAAUUCACAAGACUUUCGUCUGCCACACCUGCGGCAAUGAUGCAGUUAUGGUUCAUUAUCACAAUCUGCGCGCGCGAGACGCAAAUCUCUGCUCGAGGUGUUUCCAGGAGGGUCAUUUCGGCGCCAAUUUCCAAUCUUCCGACUUCAUCAGAAUGGAGGAUGUUAUGCGUACGGGAAAGAGACAAUGGUCAGAUCAGGAGCUGCUGUUGUUGCUAGAAGCUAUUGAAAUGUAUGAGGAUCAGUGGGAGAAGAUUGCGGAUCACGUUGGGAACACAAAGUCCAUCGAGGAAUGUGUGGAAAAGUUCUUGAGCCUGCCCAUCGAAGACCAGUACAUCGAUGACAUAGUCGGGGACGCAAAGCCCAAGGCCGCCGCCAACGGAAAGGAGCAAAAUAAGGGGCUCACUACGGUAGAGGCGGUCGAUGCGACGAUAAAGGCGUUAUUGGAUGGGCUACAUAAGGAGACGCUAGAAGAAACGAUCCCCGAGUCGGCCAGACAACUCUCAGCGAAGUACCUUAAAGAAACACAAGCUGUUGCGCAAGAACUGGUCAGUUUGAAGGUCAAGAAAUUGGAUCUCAAGUUCGAGAAACUCGAUAAAUUGGAGGCCGCUCUGCAACAGGAAAAAGCAAAGUACGUAGAAGAAUCAGAGAAGAUACUGAACGACAGGAUAUCUUUGAGCAAGCAAGUGAACGAAUUGAACACCGAGCUGUCCAACUUGAACAUUUCCAAGAAGUUGGUCUUGAUAUCGGAUCAAGUCGACUCUGGAAUUAAGCUUGUCGAGGAGGAGGAAGGAACAGAGGCCGAUCAAGAUCAACUACAGAAGAAAUCGGAUCAACAGUUAGAGGCUUUAUCGUACGCGGAGCCUCAAGUCUAUAAACCAUGGUCUUUGUAA